AGAAAUUUCAAGACGAUAAAAAAUUAAAUUCGAUAUAAAGAAUAAUCAUAGAAAUAAAUAUUUAAAAAAAGAAAUGACGAAAGAACAAUUUUUACUAAAAGGUGGCGGAUUUUAUUACAUCACACACAAAAGUUAUAUCGUGUACGAUUUAAAACUGUCGGAAUUGCUAAAAGGAAGUAUAGUGAUGUUUCUUUGGCCCGAAAGAGCUCUCCAUAGGAAACCGUACACUGGUGAAAUAAUAGAAUGCUCAAAAGUGGAGUCAGUCCUGAACAAUAUGUUGGAUGAAUUAAAAAAUGCAAAGGGAAAUCAAUUGGCUUCAAGAACGAACAUUAAGAGCAAUGUCGACCAAACAGAAUGUAGAAAAACUCCUAAGAAAAGAGGCAAAUCUUAUUUCUUCAAAGGAGCUUCUUAAAGAUUUAGAGGAAAUGCGUUACAACCUAGCAUAUGAAUGCUCUCAACCCUUUAUUUUAAAGAAAAUGGAUAUUGCAUUGGUGAUAGCUCGCAAUUUU